AUGGAUGCUGCAGCAGGAGUCCACAUCAGAUUCAGACUGGGAAGGGUGAGUUCAUUUUGACAGUGCUAAAAAAGCUGAAAAAACACCCAUCACUCACAAUACAAAUAGAUGUGUGCAUGCUAAUGUGAGAUUUGUUUGUCUUUCCCCACAUAGACCACCUUUCCCCCGAGCACAUCGUGGACAUGUGUGCCAACAAUGAAUACAAUUAUUUAUUCCUUGAGUUGAGGCACAAAAUAACCAAACCAACAACUUCUGUGUGAUUAUAGCAUCCCCUUCUGGUCAAAGGGAGUAAUAACUCUCUGUCUCUGUCUCUGUCUCUGUCUCUGUCUCUGUCUCUGUCUCUGUCUCUGUCUCUGUCUCUGUCUCUGUCUCUGUCUCUGUCUCUGUCUCUGUCUCUCCCAGAUAAGCGGCUGGUCCCGUCCUAGCUGGAACCUUGUGUUGAGUUCUCAGGGCUGGGGCAGGAGGACAACCAAGUUGGCACCUACAGCAGUAUCCUCCACCCCCUGGUCUCCAGCCUCAUGAAGUCAGAACACUCCAAGGCCAAUCUCUCUGACGGACUGAAUGGCUGGCUGACUGACUGUACUGUAUCGCUGACUAGACCAGAAAAUUGCAAUACAGACUAACAGAGACUACUAAACCAUGACCCCUAUGCAGUGAGAUUCAAUUAAAUGUGAAGAGAAAUAAAGCGAAGUGUUGAAUGUCACUUUGUGAUAUAUACUUUUAGUCCUACAUUUUGGAGCGUAAACUAUGUAUUUUCUACACCACUGUUUUACAAACUGUAAUGGGUCUAAGGACAUCAGAUGUAGUAUGCAAGCCAGAUACAAUGUGCUUCUAAAGAUUAUCCCUAUUCAUCUUCAAAUUAUCACUCAAAGAAGGACACAAAAAUGAGGGGGCACCCGGAUUUGAACCGGGGACCUCUUGAUCUGCAGUCAAAUGCUCUACCACUGAGCUAUACCCCCAUGGAGUAAUAAGUGAAAUAUAUUCAUAUAUAAAGAAACAUCUGUCUAACUGUGGCUGUUGUGUAUAGUAUUAUAAAUUAUAUACGAACACAUGUAAACGACAACACUACAACAGUUUAAACUGCAGCAUACGUUGUACUUUCCUUUUUAUUUCCUUCUACUUGCCUGGUUGUAUUCGGAUGUGUCGUAAAACUAACGCGACCCCAACCGGAAGUUUUGUACUGAAAGUGAAAACAGCCGCAUCACAGCGACAAUGGUAGCAACAUUUGUUGUUUAAUUAUUACAGUAAAUGUGUAAAAUUGAUGUUUGUUCUAGAUAACUAUAUUGUUUAUAAUACCAAAUCAUCGUGGGGUUCUGGGCCUUUACUGCUAGCUGUAUUUGUAGAGACGUUUUGAUUUUGAUUAGUCACUCACUAACAGGAGCUAGCUAACGCUAACUAGCAGCGAUGAUGUAGCCAACGUUAGCUAGCUACCAUUAGCUAUCUAUCAAGCUAUCUCUGUUUGCGUCAGUCCCUUUGGUUAAUGUAUCUAACUUAAGCGAAAAACAAACCAGAAGUGGGCGAAGCAAGCAGAGCGAGGCAGGUGGAAAGGAAGGGACAGGCAGAGUAGUGACUGUAUGCUAGAAGGAUAGGCCAAAGCUCAAAUAUUAUUUGCUGAUAGCGAUAUUGUUUCCAUAAGUUGAUGAAUUUGUCUAAGUUAGCAUGUAUGGUAAAGCCUCAACCCUUAGCUACCUCUUCCAAUUUAAAUGAGGCCGGGAAAAAACGGAAUAAGGACAAAGUGUUUUGUUUUAUGUGACUACAGGGCAAGCGGUAACACACACGUUCUAAAUGAGUGAGGCAUCAAAGCCGACAACCCCAAUGCAUUCAAAAAUAAAUCACUAUGAAAAACAAUGCAUUCGAAAAUAAAUCACACACGCUUCGCACGACACCUUUGGUGAGUUUAGGUCAUUAACGUUAGCUAGCUACGUUAGCAACAUAGCAACGCGCCAAUCAUCAUCUUCCUCUGUCAUUUGUUUCGUGGCAACUAUCUAACAAUGUAGCAACUCGCUGAAGUUAACUCAGUUGUUUGAGUUGCCGUAAACAGUGUUACCAUGCCUCUGCUAUAAUUCUAAUCGAGUUGUGUUUUGUUAAUCUCCAGAAUACCCGUGGACUCAGAUCACAGCUGAAGGACAGUGUACCGGUGACGGGCAUGGGUCCCCAGGUUGGGGCUUAUGGCGUUCAGGACACACUCAGGAGCGGGUGAGAGUACUGUCUCUGUGUUGGACACUCAUUUAAGUCAAAGUAUGUAGCUAGCUAACUAUCCGUUUUAGAUAUAUAACUGACAUUUGCACCUCUCCCUCGGUUUCUCUCUCUCUCAGAUUCAGCAGUGUGAAAAAUGAGCUUCUCCCCAGCCAUGCGUUGGAGCUGUCAGAAAAGAAUGUGAGUGACCAACACAUUUGACACACAAGGUGUGCUACAGCCUAGGCAUCUUUCCUGGGAGCUAAUACAAAUCUUCGGGUCUCAUACAGCAUUAAUGUCCCAACCACCUCUGCUACUUUAGCUCCAGUAUUGAGUGUUUUCUCCUCUCCCUGCAGUUUCAGCUGAACCAGGACAAGAUGAACUUCUCUACCCUCAGAAACAUCCAGGGCCUCCACGCUCCCCUUAAACUACAGAUGGAGUACAGGGCAGCCAGACAGGUAUAUACAAACUCUAUCUCACUCACAAUAGCGUAUCUCUGAUGUUCAUUGAAAACAAUGAACAGUGUCUGAGCAAUUUCAAAAAAUACCUUUCCCACUUAUCCCUUCCCUCUUUCCUCCCCAUCUCAGAUCCAGCGCCUGCCGUUCCUGCAGAGCUCACACCUGGCUCUGGACACUCUCAAAGGGAACGAUGAGAGCAUCAGCUUUGAGGACAUCCUCAACGGUAAGUCACACACUAACAAUAGGUUUUCUACAAAGGAGGAGAACAGAAAGAUGAGAUCAAGAACUAAAGCCAACAGGGAACACAGUUGAAGUGAAACUGAUGAGAACUCACUGCCAUGUUGUUUUUCUGAUGCGAAAAUGUUGUGAGUUCACCAUUUUGUGUCCAUUUCCUUGCAGAUCCAGCCCAGAGUGAGAUGAUGGGCGAGCCCCACGUCAUGGUGGAGUAUAAGUUGGGCAUGAUGUAAGAGCCAUCCAACACCAGGACGUUUGUUUUUACCCUCUGUUAAUUAGUUACCGUGUGACAAUGCAUCUGCUUUAGAGGUGGUCACUCACUUCCUCAUAUGUGAGACAGCACUCAAGACUUUUGUAUCAUUGGAUUCCUUUGUUUCUAAUAAAUCCUGUAACUCAA